AGUUUGCAGGCUCGCCCGCGGCCGGCGCGCCAUGGGGGUCACCGUGGACCUGCGCCAGGUGUUCCCGUACCCCUUCGAGCAGGUGGUCGCCAGCUUCCUCCGCAAGUACCCGAACCCCAUGGAUAAAAAUGUUGUGUCUGUGAACACCGUGGAGGAAAGAAGAGAUGAAUCAACAGGAAUCAUCUAUAGAAAGAGAAUUGCAAUCUGUCGGAACGUGGUUCCCGAAAUUUUAAGGAAGGCCUUAAGCACUCUGGUGAUUCUUGGUUGGAAGAAGGUGAGCAUUCUAAAGGUACCCAGCAUCCAGUUAGAAGAGGAGUCGUGGCUCAAUCUUCAGGAGAGGAACAUGGCUAUACGGAGUCACUGCCUCACGUGGGCUCAGUACGCGUCCUUGAAGGAAGAGUCUGUCUUCCGGGAAAGCAUGGAAAAUCCAAAUUGGACAGAGUUUAUUCAGAGGGGCAGGAUUUCCAUCACAGGGGCUGGAUUUCUCAACUGUAUUUUGGAAACUUUCGCCAGCACGUUCUUAAGACAGGGAGCUCAGAAGGGAAUUAGAAUAAUGGAGAUGCUGCUAAAAGAACAGUGUGGUGCCCCCCUAGCUGAAUAAAGAAUCAUCAGAGAGCUGUAGCUGUGUCUUUUUUUUUUAUUAUGAUUAUUUCUUUAAGAAUCACGUCCGGGCCAUGACGGUACUGGGACGUUGGAGGACCUGGUGUUAACGGCGUAGAGGGGAGCUUCGCCUGCCGGGACGGGAAGCGAUAGCUUUCCCCGAAGCCUGCUUCAGAUCAUGAGACUCUCUACCUGGGUUCCAAUGACCGGGUCUCUUUAUGAUUUUACAA